AUGGCUGGCCAAUUUUCCAUCGAACCACAGCGCGUUGAUGCACCCUUGACUCAGUCAGCCACGUUCUUAGUCCUGUCACUUGUAGAUCGUCCUGAGACAGUCCGUACCGUUCGGUCGACGCUGGCAAAUCUCGAGAAUCUUACGAAGAACGUUUCUAUCCGCGACCCAAGCGCUUCAUUUACCUGCACCACCGGUAUUGGAAGCGAUGCUUGGGAUCGUUUGACAGGCCUCCCACGUCCAGCAGAGCUUCACCCGUUCCCCGAGAUAAAGGGCGCAGCUCAUACUGCCGUCUCAACCCCGGGUGAUUUAUUUUUUCACAUUCGCUCGGAGCGUCGAGAUCUGUGUUUUGAAUUUGAGAGACAGCUUCUAGACUGCUUGGGGGAUACGAUAGUGGUCGUCGAUGAAACUGUCGGUUUCCGUUACUUUGAUCUACGAGAUCUUCUUGGAUUUGUCGAUGGUACUGCGAACCCAGUUGGCCGCGCGGUACCCAAUUCAACGCUUGUCGCCCAAGAGGAAGACGCAGCGGCAUGCGGUGGCAGUUACAUCGUCGUGCAGAAAUAUGUCCAUGAUCUAAAGGCAUGGCGAUCCCUCUCCGUCGAACAGCAGGAAGCUAUAAUUGGUCGCACCAAGGUGGAAAAUGUCGAGUUGGAUGAUGCACCUCCGGACCACCAACAAGCACACAAGUCGCUCAGCACGAUCACCGAUGAGAACGGGGUGGAACAUUCCAUCCUUCGCGACAAUAUGCCUUUUGGCUCACCGGGUUCUAGUGAAUUUGGGACCUACUUUAUCGGAUACUCACGGCGCUUGUGGGUGAUUGAACAGAUGAUGCAACGCAUGUUCAUUGGGAGUCCUCCAGGGUCUCAUGAUCGUCUGCUAGACUUUUCAACCCCAUUGACAGGAACCACAUUUUUCGCGCCAUCGUUGAGUUUUCUGAGCAGUCUCGAUCCUGAUUGA